CAUUUAAGUAAAGUGUGGUUCAGCGGGUUUAUUGGGUAACAGAUACGCUGAAAUUGAAUCCAAAAUUUGGUUUAGCCAAAAAGGUUUCAAUGGUAUUAGAGACAUUACUUCAUGGGGAAGUGGCUUCUAUCAUGUGUAGCGUGCAGAGAUUAGAAAUCAGCGAUCAGAAAAUUGAAUAAUUGCAUCCUUGCUUCAUCUGAAUGCGGUUAAUCUACAUGUGAUUGGUGUCGCAAACAAUUGCUGCUGCCGCUGCUUGACAUCUCAGAGAGAUUUAGUAAGAGGUGUGCCAUGCAGGAACACAAAAUUAAAAUGAACUGACAAAGAACCCCCUCUCCCCUCGCAGUCACAGUGUUUGCUUAGGGGAAAUAUUAGAUUGUAUGUGUAAAAUACGACAGUGAAAUUUCAUCCUGUGUUUCAAUAAAGUGAGAAAACCUCAGGAGGUGUGAGCGCUUGAAUAGUCAAUAUCAAAUCCAGUUGUCCUUUCACCUCAAAGUUAAAGAAAGUCCAGCCAGGUGGAUUUAGGUGUGUUGCAGUAAUGUGCACACACACUUACACAGCCAUAAAAACAGCACGAGAAAAAAAGGAAAGACUUUUCAGAUUGGAGAGGACAGGCAAGGAUCAGGGGUGCAGAGGGAAAGGGUUACGGUUAACUUUCCUCUAAAGGGUGUCAAAAAAGGAACUAAAUUGGGUGUCAGAAAGCACUAAGGAGUUGAAAUAAGUCAGGGUCCCCAGCUCCCAUGUGGGUGGGUGCUUGCUUUAUACUUUUCAGACAAUGUCCCUUUAAAAGCACCACGUCUGGAAAGCCCAUUAGAUGUGCAUAUAAAAUUUCCCCUGUGAUUAAUAGUUUGAUGAGGCAGGGUUGGUUGGAGGGUACUACCAACAUGUGGCCGGCAGGGCUCCUCCUCUGCAGUCUCACGUUACACUCCAUAAACUUGCCACUCUUUCCCACCUAUAUGUUUAAAAAGGAGGAGGGCUCACUUGUCAAGAAUGCCUUAGAAGAGUUGUGAAAACAGCCAGCCCGAGAACGGGAGUCAUACAGUUGUGGAUGCCGCUUUCCCGAAAAGCAGCAACUUGGUUAGAUCUGGGAAGGAGAGAGGGUGUGUGUGAGAGCGACGCAGAAGGGAAAGUGUGUGAGAGUGUGUCAGGACCAGAGGCUCCAAAGGACGUCACGCACGCUCCCAGAGAGAGAGGGAAACGUGCUGUCACAGGAAGGUGUCUAUCCUCACGUGCUCUGGGCUGUGGAAGAGUCAACAGCCUCUGACAGAAGUGAGUAGAUGCAGUGAGACGAUGGUGUUCAUUUAGUCAGCUGAAGUGGAUAUUACUCAAAAGUGACAAAGAUAUCGAUUUCUAGUCCUAACUUACUUUCUGAGAGAGGUUGAAAUUCCUCGACAGGGAAAAGACUGUGCUCGAGAUCGUGCGAAGGGUUUUUGCAUCACGAUGGAUCAGCCGGCCAGCAGCUGCAUGCGGAGCGCCCAUCCCAGCAGCCCCAUCUGGGGCUGCAUGAGGAACCCUCACUCCGGGGUCCCAGGGGCGAAUCUGCAGUCGCCCUACCAGCAGGCCCCGUUCUCCCUCCACCAGAAGCCUGAGUUCCUGGCCUACACAGAUUUCUCCACCUCCUGCCUGGUGUCGAGCACGCCGCACGCAGCCUACCCUCGCGAUGACAGACUGUACCAAGAGAGCCAAGGGGGUUACCAAAGAGCUGACUGGCAGUUCAACCAAUGUGAGACUCGUGUGAGAGCACCUGAGGCCUGCCCGCCUGUUGCCCCUGCAGUAAUAGGCGGCGGCGGCAGUGGGGCUGGAGGGCCUGAGCUGGACAGUGGGGGGGACAGGCUUCCAGGCACCGUGCCCGGGUGUAUGGAGGGAGAAUACUCGCCCCAGAGCGUGGCGUCGGCCGACUCGGACAAGAAGAGCUCCAAUAAGAGGAAACGAGAUGUCACAGAUAUCCAGGAGUCCAGCUUUAAGGUGGAUUCCAGCUGCAAGGCGAGAAAAGAGCGCACAGCGUUCACCAAGGAGCAGCUGAGAGAACUGGAGGCAGAGUUCACCCACCAUAACUACCUGACCAGGCUGCGUCGCUACGAGAUCGCUGUAAACCUGGACCUCACAGAGAGACAGGUUAAAGUUUGGUUCCAGAAUCGGCGAAUGAAGUGGAAGAGAGUGAAGGGAGGACAAUCGGCUUCGCCCAACGAGCUGGAAAAUGACGACAUAGACUCAGCUGCUUCACCCAGCUCUGAAUGAUGGUUUUAGAAAAUUGUCUUCGGACAAAAAAAAGAAGAAAAAAAAAUAACGAGGCCUGCGCUCAACUGGACACCAACGCAAUCUUUGAUUUUAUGGAAAGUUGGCUCCAGGAACCAAAUCAUUCCAGAGACUUUUUCAUUCCCAAGAAGAAAACACCAAGCAUCCGUCACUGUUCUCUGUUGUAAAUAGUUGAUUUAUGUCCAUAAUGAACUGUAUUUUCAUACAACUUUGAUAAAUACUCAAUUUAAGAGGCCCACUCUAGAUACUCCUGAUCGUUGUAUAUUAGUGACAAAGUCCAUGCAGCAGCUUUAAGGCUAGUGAUGACAUAUCAGCCCAUGAUGUGAUUGUGUUUGAGGUCCUCCCCUUUGCUUCCAGUAUUGUAAUCAUGGCAUUUGACGCUUGACUACAACCACCUGGGAAAACUCAGACUGCACGAGUGUUGCCAAGCCCUAAGUGCCUCCGAAUCAGAUUUUUUUUUUUUUCAUUUUGACAGUUUCUUUUUCCUAGAAUAUAGUUUUUUGGGUUUUUUUCUUUUCAGUAAGGCAUUUUUACUACUUUUUUAUACCAUUUGAAUGUUGUUGAUAAAACACAGAUGUUGACUGUUUCUGCAAAUAAAAUAAAUCAUCUGUUGCAAAA